AUGGCUGAAUUACUUGCUUCUCUAGAACACUACGAUAUAUCUCCUGAGUCGGGCUUUCUACCAUCCAGACCACCCCUGGAGCAGUUACCAGAUCCAUACUAUGGGCCCUGGGAAGCCACUAUCGUCGCCCUGCCCAGGUUCAUUUCGGACGGGUCUUUGCGACAACGGGUCCAUGAGAUGCCCGUCCUCUCUACUGAACUUUUGCUCACAGAAGCAGAAAGGCGCAGAGCCUAUAUGAUUCUGGGAUAUAUUAUCAAUGGCUUUUUGUUCGGAAGUUCCCCCCCACCGAAGCGACUACCAUUGAGUAUUUCCCAGCCGACGAUCGAACUAUCGGCUCAUUUUGGAUUGCCGCCGGUUCCCACAUAUGCGGGACAAGUUCUAUGGAAUUAUCGUCGGAUUGAGGCCGACAGUAAACCUCUGUCAAAGAGCAAUACCCAACCGUUAGUAUCCUUCACUGGUUCCCCAGAGGAAGCAGGCUUUUUCGGUGUUGUUUUUUCCAUUGAGGCGAGCGGGGCUCCACUUAUCUCGAUAUUGCUUGAGGCUACUGAGGCCACUUUUGAUCAAGACACGGAACAGGUUAUUGCCUACCUCCAACGGGCGACUAUAACCUUGACCGAUAUGACCUCCAUUUUACCACGCAUGUACCGCGAUUGUAGCCAGUGUUUCUUUUACCAUAAACUCCGGCCAUUCCUGGAUGGGACCGAUAGCCUUGCCUCAGUAGGGCUCCCUGAUGGGGUGUUUUUCGAAGAGCAUAGCGGUGGACGAUACCGUAAACAUCGUGGACCAAGCAAUGCCCAGAGCUCGCUUUUUGCUUUGAUUGAUAUUGCUUUAGGCGUGACGCAUGAUCAAGAAUACUGUGUGAAGGACAACGGCGAUCAGCAGUCAACCAAGGGUGCUUACCUGAAGGAAAUGCGACUAUAUAUGCCCCGCCAACACCGUGAAUUUUUGGCCGAGGUGGAGCGGAUGCCAAAUAUCAGGGAUUUUGUCCGGUCUCGGCCGGAAGAUGUCCGGCUGAAUUCCACAUAUGAGAAUUGUCUUACUGCUCUCCUAGAGCUCCGGCGAGCACACAUACGGAUGGUAGCAAGGUACGUCGUUGUCAUGGCCAAGCACCAACAAUCUCCGGUGAUGGUUAAGCCUGAUUCAAAACGGGGCGAGAGGAAUGCAGCGGGCGCAACUGGCACUGGAGGUACAAAUGCAAUGGAGUUUCUAAAGUCUGUUCGAGAUUCUGUGAUUCAAGCGAGAGAUCUUUAA